CGACGAGUCCGAGCAGCAGCACGCCGAACAGCGAACAGCGCAGCAUGGAGCGGUACGCAGGACGGGUGGCCGUGGUCACGGGGGCGAGCAGUGGCAUCGGCGCGCGCAUCGCGCAGGACCUGGUGCGCGAGGGUCUCGUCGUCGUGGGGGUGGCCAGGAGGAUGCACCUCGUCCAGGAGCUGGCGGUCUCGCUGGUGGCCUCGGGAGCCCGGGGACAGCUGCACGCCGUGGAGGCCGACCUGGCGGACGGCGCGGAGGUGCGCCGGGUAUUCAAGUGGGUGGAGGACAAGCUGGGGGGCGUGUCCGUGCUGGUCAACAACGCGGCGUUCCUGUCGACGCAGCCGAUGCAAGACAUGGAGGCCGCCGACAUGCAGAGGCUCUUCGCCACCAACCUCACGGCCGUGGCGCUGUGCUGCCGGGAGGCCUUGGCCAGCAUGCGGCGGCACGGCCUUAAGAACGGCCACGUCGUCAACAUCAACAGCGUGACCGGGCACACCGUGAUCCGGGACGUGCACGGCGUGCCGUCCGUGUCGGCGUACGCCGCCUCCAAGAACGGCCUCACGGCGCUCAGCAAGGGGCUGCGUUUCGACCUGCUCAAGAUGCCUGAGUACAAGAUCCGCGUCACGAACGUGAGUCCGGGUCUGGUUUGCACGGAGAUGGUGGCCGCGAUGGAGGCCUCCCGCACCGGCCCGGUGCUGCAGGUCCAGGACAUCUCCGAGAUCGUCCUCUACGCCCUGCGCACGCCGGACAACGUGGAGAUUGGGGAAAUAACGGUUCGGCCGGUUGGAGAACCCUUCUAGACGUCUCUUUAAGGUGGCUCAGCUCUAAAAUUAGAACAGGCUUCGGAUAAUUUAAAAAAUUAAAUUUAUUAUUGAAUUUGUA